GUUGAAAUUUGUCCCAAAAAAAAAAAAAGUUAUUUCAAGUCAAAUUUUCUUUUUCUUCCUCGGAAUAGCAACAAGACACAAGUAGCCCUACCAUAUAUAUGAAGCGCUUUCCUUGAACGAGUUUCAUUUCAUACAAUUCUCUUCUCCGUUUUUCCUUCCAAAGACUUCAAACACAACUUUACCCUGUCAAGGAAGGACACGAUCUCUGUCUGAAAAUCUCUUGUCCUCCAUAAAAGAAAGAUAACAAAAAAGAACCCAUCUUGUACACGUUAUUUUUCGAUACAGGAAAGGAAAAAAAAAAGGAAAGACAAUUCAUGUUUUACUCUUCUCUAUCUUCAAAUCUUUGUUGAAGUUUCAGUUUUUUUUAUUAUGAACGCCAUCAAUUUCAUCAGCAAUUACACCAUGAAGCUUCCUUCAAGGGUCCUAAACCUCAGAAACGCAUCGUUUUUGGGGUUCAGACAUUCGUGUAAUACCUCUUGUUGUGAACGAAAGCUUUUCUGCAGGAGCAAAGCUUUUCUGUUCAAUUCCAGUAAAAACUCUCAAUUCCACGCCUACCCUUCUCGAUUCUUGGGGUUUCAACGCGUUAUCAACAAUACCGAGAAGUUGAAUUGCUUACCAAGUUUUUUUCCCCAAUCCAGGGCGGUUUCAAGGCCUUACGGUGUCUCUGUUGAAGCGAGGGUAGCAUCAAGGGUAAGGGAUCUCUCAACAUCGGUUGAAACCCGCGUAAAUGACAAGAAUUUCGAGAGAAUUUACGUGCAAAACGGCAUUAGUGUGAAGCCACUUGUUGUUGAAAGGAUUGACAAGGAUGAGAACAUUGUAGGUGGAGAAGUUCCCCUAUCUGAAGAUGCAAACAACGUGAAGAAUACUGGGGAAGGUUUGAGAGAGGGAAAAAGUGAAAUUUCAGUUGAGAGCGACAUUGAAAAGGAGGCAUGGAGUUUGUUGAGAAAUGCAGUUGUGACGUAUUGUGGAUCCCCUAUUGGUACAGUGGCUGCAAAUGAUCCAGGUGAUAAGCAGCCUUUGAAUUAUGAUCAGGUUUUCAUUCGUGAUUUUGUGCCUUCGGCUUUGGCUUUCUUGCUUAAAGGUGAAGGGGAGAUUGUCAAGAAUUUUCUCCUCCAUACCUUGCAGUUGCAGAGUUGGGAGAAAACUGUCGACUGCUAUAGUCCUGGACAGGGUUUGAUGCCUGCAAGUUUUAAAGUCAGAACUGUACCUCUUGAUGACAAUAAGUUUGAGGAAGUGUUAGAUCCAGAUUUUGGUGAAUCAGCAAUUGGUCGUGUUGCACCAGUGGACUCCGGAUUGUGGUGGAUUAUAUUGUUGAGGGCAUAUGGGAAGAUCACUGGCGAUUAUGCAUUGCAAGAGAGAGUGGAUGUUCAAACAGGAAUAAAACUGAUCCUUAACUUGUGUUUAGCUGAUGGAUUUGAUAUGUUUCCUUCUCUGUUAGUCACUGAUGGAUCCUGCAUGAUAGACAGAAGGAUGGGUAUUCAUGGUCAUCCCCUUGAGAUCCAAGCUUUGUUUUAUGCUGCUCUACGUUCUUCUCGUGAGAUGCUCACAGUAAAUGAAGGUUCCAAGAAUUUGGUGAGGGCUAUCAACAAUAGACUGAGUGCACUAUCAUUCCACAUCAGAGAAUACUAUUGGGUUGACAUGAAAAAAAUCAAUGAGAUAUACCGCUAUAAGACAGAAGAGUACUCCAUGGAUGCUACCAACAAAUUCAAUAUUUAUCCCGAGCAAAUUCCUUCAUGGCUUAUGGAUUGGAUACCUGAAGAAGGAGGGUAUCUAAUUGGCAAUCUACAGCCAGCUCACAUGGAUUUUAGGUUCUUCACACUUGGGAAUCUCUGGUCCAUUGUUUCAUCAUUGGGGACUCCAAAACAGAAUGAAGCUAUACUCAACUUAAUAGAAGCCAAAUGGGAUGACAUUGUGGGGCAUAUGCCUCUCAAGAUAUGCUAUCCUGCAGUGGAGAACGAGGAGUGGCACAUAAUUACUGGCAGUGACCCAAAGAAUACCCCUUGGUCCUAUCAUAACGGUGGAUCUUGGCCAACACUUCUUUGGCAGUUUACUUUGGCUUGCGUCAAGAUGGGCAGAUUAGAACUAGCCCAGAAGGCUGUUGGUUUGACAGAGAAGAGGCUUUCAAUAGACCAUUGGCCUGAAUAUUAUGACACCCGAAGUGGGAAGUUUAUUGGAAAGCAAUCUCGACUUUACCAAACAUGGACUAUUGCUGGUUUCCUGACCUCCAAGAUGAUGGUGGAGAACCCACAGAUGGCUGCCUUGUUAUUUUGGGAGGAGGACUACGAGCUUCUUGAGAUCUGUGUUUGUGCACUGAGCAAAAGCGGCCGGAAGAAAUGUUCUCGUGGUGCUGCUAAAUCUCAGAUACUUGUGUAAUUGAACACCAUUCUUUGCAAGGCGGAGAGCCUUUUUACUGUACAGCCACAAGUUUAGGGUCUGAUAAGCAAAUUUUCAAUCCUUGAAAAGUUCAACAUACAUGUUUGUAUUACAAACUAGUGUAGUAGUAUAGUCAUAUAUGUUAUUUUUGCUAUCAAUCAUGGAAGUUGAUUGGCAUUGGAAGUAUAAAUGACUGGGAUAACAGAGCCUGAACUUAUAUUAUGGCUCCUCCCGAAGUUAACGGAUUGUAUAUUGUUUAGCAAUUUUCUUAAUCAAAAGGCAGCGUAGCAGGAUAUUCAUUUUU